CUCAGCUCGGUAGCUGGGGAUGGUUGGGCGCCUUCAGACAGGUACGGCUGGUGGCCCAGGUGCCCUUACCGGGCAUCCUCCAGCAUUCUGGGCACCUGCCUACCCCUUGGUGGGGAGGCCGGCCACAGGCUGAGCGCGCUCCAGGCUGGGUACUCCUCAGUCAGUCCACGAGCAUCGCGUGGCAGACUUUCACUUGGCCAGUCCUUCCCACGCUUCUGGGCGUGUCAUCAGGAAGGUAAAAGUAGAUUAGAGGUGGAGGGAGCACUUCUAACCUGGAAGAGUAUUGAAGACUUCAUUGAAGAAGUGUCAUUUGAGAGGAUCUAUGGAAAGAAAGAUUGAAAGGAAACACAUUGAAUGAGGAAAAACUAAUAUACAGUCAUCAACAUCCUUGUAUAACCUAGUUUUUAAAAAAUUGGAUUUCAAAGAAAACAAAAUUAUCUUCCUUUCCAAAUCCAAAAAGAUGAAAACGACUGAGAUGCUUUCAGAAGACAACCAAGUGAGCACCACAGACUAAUGAGUAGAAUCAAUAAGAACGUGGUUUUGGCCCUUUUAACGCUGACAAGUUCUGCAUUUCUGCUGUUUCAGUUGUACUACUACAAGCACUAUUUAUCAACAAGGAAUGGAGCUGGUUUGUCAAAAUCCAAAGGAAGCCGAAUUGGAUUUGAUAGCACACAGUGGCGUGCAGUUAAAAAAUUUAUUAUGCUAACAUCCAACCAAAAUGUACCAGUGUUUCUUAUUGAUCCUUUGAUAUUGGAAUUGAUUAAUAAGAACUUUGAACAAGUCAAAAAUACUUCUCAAGGCUCCAUUUCACAAUGCACAUUCUUCUGUGUUCCAAGAGACUUUACUGCAUUUGCACUGCAGUAUCACCUAUGGAAGAAUGAGGUGUACCAAGAAAGAAAAGGGAAAAAGGGAAUAUUACAGUUGAUAAUGAAACAAAUGAUGUUGGAAAAUGAACCUUGUCUUACAGAAGGCUGGUUUCGGAUAGCUGAGAAUAUGGGAUUUCAGUGCCUAAAGAUCGAGAGUAAAGAUCCCCGGCUAGACGGGAUAGACUCACUUUCUGGAACGGAAAUCCCCCUGCACUAUAUCUGCAAACUGGCCGCUCAUGCGAUCCACUUGGUAGUCUUCCAUGAGAGGAGUGGCAACUACCUCUGGCACGGCCACUUGAGACUUAAAGAACACAUUGACAGGAAAUUUGUUCCCUUCCGAAAGUUACAGUUUGGUCGUUAUCCAGGAGCUUUUGACAGGCCAGAGUUACAGCAAGUUACUGUUGAUGGACUCGAAGUUCUCAUUCCAAAGGAUCCAAUGCACUUUGUAGAAGAAGUACCACACUCUAGGUUUAUUGAGUGUAGAUAUAAAGAAGCUCGAGCAUUCUUUCAGCAGUACCUUGAUGAUAACACUGUGGAAGCCAUGGCCUUUCGGAAGAGUGCAAAGGAAUUACUGCAACUAGCAGCGAAAACAUUAAACAAAUUGGGAGUACCAUUCUGGCUGAGCAGUGGAACUUGUCUAGGAUGGUAUCGACAAUGCAACAUUAUUCCUUAUAGCAAAGAUGUCGACCUAGGAAUUUUUAUACAAGAUUACAAAUCUGAUAUUAUUUUAGCAUUUCAGGAUGCAGGACUUCCGCUCAAACACAAAUUUGGGAAGGUAGAAGACAGCUUGGAACUAUCCUUCCAGGGAAAAGACGAUGUAAAACUUGACAUUUUUUUCUUCUAUGAAGAAACUGAUCACAUGUGGAACGGAGGCACUCAGGCCAAAACAGGAAAAAAAUUCAAGUACCUGUUUCCCAAGUUUACAUUGUGCUGGACUGAGUUUGUAGACAUGAAGGUCCAUGUGCCCUGUGAAACCCUCGAAUACAUUGAAGCCAACUAUGGUAAGACCUGGAAGAUUCCUGUAAAGACGUGGGACUGGAAGCGCUCUCCUCCCAAUGUGCAACCCAAUGGAAUCUGGCCUAUUUCUGAGUGGGAUGAGGUUAUCCAGUUAUACUGAGAUAAUAGGUUGAAAUGGGAGAAUUCCUCUCUUGGAAAAAAAGGUAGAUAACUGUUUAAAAAGAUACAUGUCUGUCAAACGUAAGUGGGAACCAAAGAAAAAAAGUGACAAGUUUGAAGACAUGGCAAGGGUCCUAACUCCAGAGCCAUCUGAUUUAAUUCUCUCAUUUAGCACUGAGGAAUUUUCAUGUGCCACAUACAAUGCUAGGUUACAGUGGAGAAACCUAGAUGAAUGAGACAAAUACCUGCUUCUUUUAUUCCUCCCUUUGAUAAACAACUCAAUUUUUCCUCUGAGGGAACCCUCCCCCACCCUUUGAAGAGUUCAAGUUCUGUAAAGGUUUUAAAAAUGUUAAGUAAUGUUUGCACUGGAGGAUGAGCUCACCAGGCAAAGCAAAGGAAGGAUAUACUAGUCAAAAAGAAUAACCCAUUCCUGUUCUGGGCAUUUAAGCUGGUAUGUUAGUGCUACUUUUAAGAUUGUGGAGUCUGAGUUAAUACUCAAGUGAUCAGACUUUGAGUGGCAUCAAGAAAAGAUGAUUAUCAGGUUCAUUUUUCAACUAAUCUUAUGUGGAAUUGAAUUAGAGAACAAGGCAUUACUCUUUUAGGGAAGGUGAGAGCUAAUUUAUAUCAGAGCUUUUAUUACUUGUCAGGAUAAGUAAAUUUCUAUACCUGUACUGCUUUCAUAUUUGAAGUGAGAAGAAAGUUUAUGCUUGUAUAAUGCUUAAAUUUCGAUCCAUUGUGAGAAUAUUUUCACUGACAUCUGAUGGCACUUGUUGACAAAUCAUUCAAGUGAGACCAUGCUACUAGACAUGAUUUUGAAAGAGUCCAUGAUUUCAUAAAACUCAUUUUUAUUUUGUUCUCAGUCACUCUGUUAGGUAAAAAUAUGAGGAAUUCAUGUACAUUUUAUAUUUUCUGAAUUUAUAAUCCUUGCACUCCCAAUUUUAAUGACAAUAAAAUAUUAACAGAAUUGUUUUAAUGUACUCUAAUUUUUAAAACAUACUUUUUAUUAUCUUCAUUCAUCAAUUACAGCUUCAUUAAUUUUUGGUCUAUAUACCAAUUUAAGUGGCAUGCAAACCUACCUGUUUCUUCUCCUCUUCCUAUAUAUCGAUCUCCAAAAUGGAAGCUAAAUGGUGGUCUUGGCAACUAUUCACCCUACCUCAGGUCAUAGAAUUUGUAAAGUUUGUGUUCAUCCCUAGUUUUUCAGUCUGUUGAAUGUCGAUGGGGCAAGAACUCAGACUUCUACUUUAUCAAGUACCACACACUCUGGAACCCUUCAUUUUCCUUUUCCCCUCAAGGUGUCUGAGUCAGAUGGGAUGCUGUUUACCCCAUCUCUUCACCAGUCACUUGAAUGAUAUAUUCUAAGUGAGAGGUAAAGGAAAAUGUAGGCACAAUAAACACUGCUAUUUUUCUCUUUGUCUGGGAAAGGAAGCUGAAUCUUGUAUUUUACCUAUGCUAUUUAGGACUACUUCCUGGAGCUUGGCAGAUUUUCCUCUGAAACCAGAGAACAAUAGGAGUCUCAAAAAUGGAAACCUGAACAUCUGAGGGAAUGGGCUGAUAGACUUUCCCAAAAACAAAUUAGGGAAAGUAACUUACAACCACCCCAUUCCAAAUUUUUAAAGCAACAUGAAAACGUUCUUUGAUAAAUGAUAACCAACAGUCUUCCUGACUUAAGUUGCAUUCUCAGUGCAGAAUUAUUGGGUUUUUCUUAAAGAGCAUGAGCAGGUUUCUGGGGACCUUUAAGAUUAUUAGCGGACUCGUCCCAAAAUGGUACAUCAUCAUCAUCAUCAUCAUCAUCAUCAGUUUUCUCUGUGCUGGAAAAUCAGCCCAUAGAGUACAUUCCCAAAUUCUAAAUAGCUGACCCUACAUUCAUUUUUCAUGCUCAAACAUAAUAUAACAAAUAAUAACAGUAUUUUUGGGCAAAAUCCACCCUACUUGAUGAGGACCAUUUGCUUGUGCUCAGUAUCUAGAAAUGCAUACACUCCACAUUUCUGCCCAUUUCAAAUUGGGACUCCCGUUCUUUGCCAGGAGAUCUUACCCAUCCGUUUACAGAUUAAUCUUUUAUCCUUUUCUGGAGUACAAAGUCUUAGAGUGUCUGAAAUCUAAGACAUCUUGGCCCCAUUGACACAAGGUCUAUAUUCUUCCCUACAUAGACCGCUGGCUGCUCAAAUACUUGUCUUCUGGUUUCACAGGCUUCAGCUCAUAGAUUCUGCCCUAACUUUGGGUAACAAAAGCCUUCCCCUAGAAUGUGAAGGCCAGACGUACCUCUGAUUCUGAUUCAUCCAUACUUCAUCUUAUGUUUUUUAACAGUUGGAUUCUGCUGAGUGUCCAGAGACCUUGGGUUAAGUAUGUCCAUCUUCAGUAGCUCAUUGGAUCACUUUUCUUUCCUCACUUGAGUAUUCUAGCAGUCAUUCUCCUAAUCUGACCACUUUCAGGUUUAGUUUACCUGGCUUACCUGGGGAAGCUGACAACUUGUUGGUAGUUAGGCACUCAUGGAUAUCUCCAGAGACAUCCUGAGAGGCAAGAUUCCUCUUAAUUGACAACCAGGACAACCAGGUAGUCACCCAGUCCCUCUCUAAGCAGGGAGCACUUUUCCUUCUCUCCUCUGCUGCAGCUACUGAUAUCUGGCCCCUGGAAUAAAACCAUAGUUCCUAAAAUUGAGCAUCCCUAAGAGUAGCUGCUUGGUGGGACAUCUGAUUUCUUUGAUUCCCUAGCUGCAAAACCUGAAAUAUGACCACUAGCUGACAGAAUGUUUGCCAGUAUCCCCACAAAACAAGUUAAAACUUAAGUGAAAGUAAUUCUGCUUUUGAAUCUUGAAAGAGACCAUAUGUAAUAUUCAUUUUAAACCCUCUUACUUUAUAACUAAAUAAAUAAUGGCAGAAAGGAAUGAUCUAAACAAGAACAGCUGAGGCUAAAACCCAAGACUGCCAUGACUUCUAGUCCAAUGUCUGUUUUGCAUCACAACACAGUAUCUUUAACAGUGCUUGAGAUGCUUAACAGAGAAGCCAUCCAGUGCUUCAUUGAGUCCAAGUCUUAGGGUAUUUCUGCCACUUAGUAUCUUUUUGUUCAGAUUGAGAACCUAAGGCAACAGAGAGGUCAAGGGGAAGUAUUUUCUUGUUCAGAAUUCUUAGGCAACCUUCAUACCUUUAUCUGGAAAAUGCCUUCUCUCCAGACAAUAAGAUAGUUCACAUCUGGAGACAUCAGCCUUUGGUACCUAAUUCUCUAAGCUCAAGAUGCAUCCCAUUGCCACUUUACCAUUCUGUUUCCCAAAGGAAGCAUCAGCACCAACCUGCUAAAUGCCUGUAUUUGAAGAGUCUCUCCCCUUCCUACAGUGACCUUUCAUGAGGCCCUUUCCUUCCUAAGGGACCUUUACCUGGUAGUAGUGGUCUCAUUCACAAAAAAGAAUAACAUAUAUAACUGGAGUACUUUGCAGUUUUUGGGAUUUUUUUUAAUCUGCUUGGCUGGAAAGGAGACUGGAGUAUCUCAUUUUUAGUAUAAACUACUUUUAAUUAUUUAUAUUGAUACUCUCUGAUAAAUGCAAGUAGUUAAGAAUAGAUAAUACUCAUUCUUUUUAAAAUUUGUGACAUCAAACCAUUGUUUUUAUUACACAACUACAGUACUUCAGAUGGCACACAGAUAGGCAGGAUAUUACAUAGGUAAGCAGGAAUUUAUACAUUGGGUACCAGAGCUAAAUCUGGAAAACACAUUUGGAAUGAGCUUCCACACUUCAGUCUAAAAUCUCACCCAAACUUAUGGCUACACAUUUUUCUGUUUCCCCCUGGUUUCACCUUCUGGAAAGUGAACAGUUUUUUAAAUCCUAAAUGUUAUAAAUCCUUAGGAGAAAUAUUCCCUCAAAACCUAGUCAGAGAAAGUGCCACUUUCCUGCCUUCUAACAGGUAAUUAUUAGUUGUAACAGCUUUAAUGCAUGGAAAAACUUCAGUGCAUGGAAAAACUUCAGUUACCAACCAGUCAAGAGACUUUCUCAAGAAAAAUCCCAGCAGUUAUCCCUCUUUCCUCCUUGUCUUACACCAUCAUUAAGACCUGGGCUAGAUCACCUACAACAUCUCACUUAGGGAAGGCAAUGUGUUGCCAUAAAAAGACCACAAGCUUUUGAGUGAGGCCCGAAUUUGAAUUUCAGCUUAAUCAAGCUGGGAUUUAUGGUGGGGGCCCUUUCAGUCUCAACUUCCACAUUAGUGAGCCGGGGAAAUGAUACAUACUUCUAAGGGUUUUUAGGGGGAUUAAAUGAAGUAUACAGUUCUUAGCCUCAGGCCUAGGAUUAAGUAAGUACUCAAGAAACGUGCAGGUUUUCUACUUCCAUGUUUCUUUUCUAAUCUUCAAAUGGAAUUAUAGAAACCGUGGGUCAGAACACAUUGCUUUACUCAAAAGGUUGCAAGACUGAAUUUGCUUAAGAAAAAAAAAUGCUAUCAAGUCAUUAAAAAUUAAAUUGUAUGGUUUAUGAAUUCAGAGACAUUACCAGUUUGCCUCCUUCUCUCAAUAGAGCUUGUAUUUUCAUUUUCUUGGUUAAACAUUUGUCUCCUAAUCUUAUCCCAUAUGCUACCUAGUUUGCUGGUCCCAAGCAGUUCACUGUACUUCCCUAGAUUUGGUGCCUACUCUCCCCUGGACUUCUUUUUCAAUAUUCUAGCCUUUCCUAGAUGUAAAUCUUUACCUCCUUGUUGGUGAAAUUAGAUAUAAGCCAUGAUUUGGAAAGGGAAGAAGUCUGGAAUACUUAGUUUCAUUUAAUUGUCUAUGCUGGUGAAUGCCUGUGUCAUUGUUAAUAAAGGAGAAUUGAAAAUACUCA